CGGCGGCCAGCGCCUGCGAGUGCGGGCGGCUGGGUCUAGCUGAGGCGGCGGCUGACAGGAGCUCCUCCCCGGUCGGCUGCGGCUGGUGCCUAGGCGAACCAGCGGCCCUCAGCUCGUGGCCCCGCGAGGCUCCAGGGCCGCACCGUGGGAUGGACGAGGGGAAGAUGGACGAGAAUGAAUGGGGGUACCACGGUGAAGGCAACAAGAGCCUAGUGGUGGCCCACGCACAGCGUUGUGUGGUGCUUCGUUUUCUGAAGUUUCCUCCUAAUAGGAAGAAGACCUCGGAAGAAAUAUUUCAGCACCUACAGAACAUAGUGGACUUUGGCAAACAUGUCAUGAAAGAGUUUUUGGGAGAGAACUAUGUUCAUUGUGGGGAAGUUGUUCAGCUGCCUUUAGAUUUUGUGAAACAGCUUUGUUUAAAGAUACAGUGUGAAAGACCAGAAUCUCGCUGUGACAAGGACCUGGACACUCUCAGUGGUUAUGCUCUGUGCCUUCCCAAUUUAGCCAGACUUCAGACCUACCAUUUUGCAGAACACCGGCCGAUUCUGUGUGUAGAGAUCAAGCCAAAAUGUGGGUUUAUUCCUUUCUCCGGUGAUGUUACGCAUGAGAUGAAGCAUAAGGUGUGUCGUUACUGCAUGCACCAGCACCUCAAGGUAGCAACUGGGAAGUGGAAGCAGAUAAGUAAAUAUUGUCCCCUUGAUCUCUACUCAGGAAAUAAACAGAGAAUGUACUUUGCUUUGAAAAGCUUGUUACAGGAGGCACAGAACAACUUAAAGAUCUUUAAGAAUGGUGAGCUGAUUUAUGGUUGUAAAGAUGCCCGCAGCCCUGUGGCUGACUGGAGUGAACUUGCACACCACCUGAAGCCAUUCUUCUUCCCAUCCAAUGGCCUGGCCAGUGGGCCCCACUGCACAAGGGCCGUGAUCCGGGAGCUGGUGCGUGUCAUCACACGGGUGCUACUGAGUGGCUCGGACAAGGGCCGGGUGGGCGCCCUCAGGUCGGGGCCUGGGCUGCGGGGCCCACCCGUCUGUGAAGCCAGCCCUUUCAGCAGGAGCCUGCGCUGCCAAGGAAAAAACACCCCGGAGCGCUCAGGGUUACCGAAGGGCUGUCUUCUGUACAAAACCCUCCAGGUGCAGAUGUUGGACCUGCUGGACAUCGAAGGCCUCUACCCUCUGUACCGGCGGGUUGAGCGGUACCUGGAGGAGUUUCCUGAGGAGAGAAAAACAUUGCAAAUAGAUGGGCCUUAUGAUGAAGCAUUUUACCAGAGGCUGCUUGAUCUGUCCACCGAGGAUGAUGGCACGGUGGCCUUUGCGCUGACAAAGGUUCAGCAGUACCGGGUCGCCAUGACUGCGAAAGACUGCUCUAUCAUGAUCGCACUCUCUCCUUGCCUGCAGGAUACAAGCUCCGAUCAAAGGCCCAUUGUCCCUUCAUCAAGAUCCAGGUUUGCCUUCUCCGUGUCUGUGCUGGAUCUUGACCUCAAGCCCUAUGAGAGCAUUCCUCAUCAGUAUAAACUGGAUGGCAAGAUAGUCAACUACUAUUUAAAGACUGUACAUGCCAAAGACGCCACCAUGAUGUCGACUAGGUUCAAGGAAAGCGAAGAUUGCACAUUAGUUCUCCAUAAGGUCUAACUUUUUUCCUGUAGUGGUUUUGAAACUUGAACAUAGAAUGUGAAGGUUGAAUGAUAGAGUUUCUGUUGUGUUGGGUGACUUUUGGCUGUGAAUGUUUUUGCUUUUCAACCCCUGUUCAGGUGGGCCUGCCUCUGGGAGACACAGAAUGGAAGAGCACUAGAAACAUCUUCCAGGACAAGGAAUGUUGGACAUGAGCCCGGCAGUGUGCUGUGUCCCAGGGGGCCCCUCUGGGCAGUUCUCCCUUUCCACGCAGGGCUCACGUCUAAUCUCUAAAAAGCCUUAUAAGACCCAAGGUUUGGAUCUCCUACCACCAGAAUCCUAACACAGAAAACUUGAAUUGUCACAUAUACCUUAGAGUUUGGACCUUUAAGAAAACACAGAUACUACUGGAACUUUCCCAGCUGAGUUACUUGGUCACUUUUCCAAUGCAAGCCAUGUGUCAGCGCAGGUUUAGUGGUUCCCUGCUGUGGAGAGCAAUACGUUGUUGAUAUGGACAUCAGUUUUGAGCAGUGGACUCGGAGUCCCUGUGGAGAUGCCAUACCCACCGCUCUGCACAGGGUCAGCAGGGAGCGUGGCACUCAGGGCGGGGGUUGACACCACUCGUGCGAGCACUGACUUUUUUUUUGUGCUGAAUGAUUUUAUCCUCUUUAACUUUAGGGGAGACAAGGUGUGCUUUCCCACCUGAAAUUGCUGCUGUGGGAGCUGGAAGCAGAGCUGCAACUCUGAGCUGCUGUGCCCGGCGUGGGUGUCACGGGGUGGCUGUGCGCCUGCCAGCUCUGGGUCCCUGGCAUUUUUGGGUGUGUGGGAAACCUCAGCUGCUUCUGCCAGAGCCAGCAUCGAGUUUGCCCUCCUUCCCCAUACCUGUUCCUCCCUUGGGUUUCACUAAGGUGUGUGGUGUUCGUGGCCUUGAGUGGUGCUGGCCCACCUCCCCGUCGGGGCUGCCCAAAGCCCUGCUUCCGCAAGACUCCUGGCUGGCACUAAGAGGGUUCUUGUUGGGGUCACCCAAAGUGUGCCCAGCUGCUAUGAAAACUGUUGGGAAUCUUGGCUUCAGUUUUUUAUUCUAUGGUAGGUUGUAUAGAUUAUUUAUAUCAUCCUUUUGAGGGACUAAUGAAGGCUUAUUGUAAUAUAAUAUUAGUGAAACCAUGGGAUUGUAUGAAAAUACUACACAAAAAAUGAGAAUAUUUUGCUGAUUGUAAAUUUUUGUGGGGAGUUUUGUGAUAAAUUGAGAAUUAUGCUUAUUAGAAUCAAGCCAGCUCUUCCAGAAUUUAUUCUCCAAUUCUGUCCUAUCAUUUACUUCUUACGACCACUUACCACUUACCACUUACUUCUACACUCAGAGGUUCAAAAACAUAUUCAAAUGACACACAUCUCUCAUUCAUGUAGUGUGUUGGGGUACAGGGGCUUUGGAGAUUCCACUCCUAGGGAUGUGCAUGGAGCCGCGUUCUCAUGGGCAAGUUGCAGGCUCCAGAGUGCGUGGAAGUAGGCAGCUUCCAGAGUUGUUUUGGCCUGAGGUUCCUUGUUGCUGGCCUGGGGUGAGGAUGGUCUUGGCCAGGGCGUGCAGAGGACCCUGAGUGCCUGUGUGCAGAGCUCUGGAACGCCAGCUCAAGGAGGUGGGCUGGGUAGCCUCCUGUUGCCUGUCCUGGCUGGUCUGGACUGUCUGAAAACCAUCACCCUCUACUUGGGGGGAAGAGGUGACAGAUGAGUGUCCCCUGCUAGAGGGUCUUGACCCAACCCUUUGCUCUUCUCACACUCCACCACGGCCCCUGCUCUGAGGCUUUCAUUUGAUUGAAACAAUGUUUUCACCCAUUCUACUUUAAACUGGCAACUCAGGUCAGUGCAGCACUUAGACUCUGGGGGACUUUAAUGAAAACACUGUUUCUUCUGUGCGGAGGGACCAGGGUGCUAAGGUCCUGUGUGAAGGGACAGUGCCGUAUUUGCUGUCUUACUGUGUUUUUUUAUGCUAACCGCUCUACUUUUUUGUGGAAGACCAGGAAGAGUGAAUGUCAGAGGACUUGCUGCUGAGAGGUGCUGUGAAAGCCUCCAAGUGCUGCUUUCCAGAGCCAGGAGGCGAGGAGGGUGGUGUGGCUCCCCAGGGGUUUCUGAGGAAAUGCCUACGAGAUGAGGCUGUGUUGGCAAGCCCUCCAAGAGUCCCUAGGUGGUGGGUAACAGGAGGAGGGCUGACCUUUGAGAUGGGCUGGGGCCACCUCUGCCCUCAUAUUCAUACCAAGUGGGGAGCACAGUGGCUCCCCACAUCCCAGGGUGGACAGCCACUCCUGUACUUCCUCAGAUGUUGAGUUUACUUUUAAAAAUACACUAUAUGUGUCACUUGUUUGGUAUUUUGAAUUUAAAUAACUGUAUUUAUUUUUCAUGUCCUGACAACUUAUAUAUAAUGUGCCAUAACUGCAUAAACAUGUCCUAGAAGUAAGGUUUCUAAGUGGAAAAGAGCAAAUUUUUAUAUUCAAUAAAAUCACAUGCCUCCAGGUGC